AUCACGUUUUACUUGUAGUAAAUUAAAAACAAUAUAUCGUUAUGGAGAUUAAUGUAAAUAUAACGCAACAUUGACUUUGACAUAUUUGUUGUUUAAAAUGUUGUUUUAGGAAACAAACUCCUUUUGUGAAAAAGAGGCAGAAAAGCAACUGGAAACAAUACAACAAGCCUUAACACAGGACAGGAGCAAAAUGCAAGAGGAUUCCAGAAAACAACUAUGUUUCACAAGAAUAAACAACAAGUUGAAAGAAUGUAGAAAAGCUAUAGCUGUAUUUUCUGGUGAUCAAGUAUAUAAGAAAUACCUUGACGAACUGAAGCAUUCUAAUACGGAUACUGCUAGAAAAGCACAAACUGUUCCGCAUUUCCUGGAGGCAUGUUUCAAACUAUGCUGGUUAAUGGCAGUUCAAGAUCCGCCUCUUGCUUUUAGUCCUAGUAUCAGGCGCGGAGAUGUUUUCGAUACGGAAUUAUUCAGAAUAUAUAUAAAGAAAGGAACACGUGUGGCGUAUGUUGUAUGGCCCGCUCUUUUACUGCACAAAGAGGGUGAAGUUAUUUGUAAAGGAGUUGCUGAAGGGAUGCCAAAUCUUUUCCAUCAACCACAAAAUGCACCAAACAUGUAUUAUGCUAUUAAAGGCCAUUUUGUAAGCCAUCGGUCUGAUACCUUCACAUACCAAUACUACAGGCGACCAGAUGACGUGUAAGCAGUUGGUAACAUAACAGUCAUUGGCAGCGAAAUGGCUGAUGGCAAUAAGUCUGAUACCAGUUAUCGACCAUUUAUCAAAUAAACCAACACAUUCUUACCCCAUUUCUACGCAGAGGCAUAAUGUACGCAAAUUGAGUAGCGACAUAAGUGAUACCAAGCAGAAUCUUCGCACAUGCUGGCCGAAAGAUAUACCAAAGAUUUACAGACACGGAGGAUACUCAGCCACCGUACAACUAUAAUCCUUUCCAAUAUUUGUUAGCUCCGACAUUCUGUCACGUUAUCAGCCUAAAGUCAGUAAUACAACAACCAUCUGAAAAUGAAGAAGACCAGAAAUCUGAUAAUAACUGAACUACCAUUUCUUUAAAACGUUUAUAUCAACAAUGUGCCUUACAUAAGGUAUAUGUAUUUUGUGCUUUACAUUAGGUAUAUGUGUUUUCAUUUUAAGAAAAUUUUGAAGCUCACAUGUCCAAUUAAAUAAGUGUAGAAAAUAGUGUUUAAAUUUAACCGUCCAUUUGAUGAACAUCGUUUCCA